AUGGAUCUCCUUCAGCGUUUAGGACGCUUCCUCGAUAGGCCUGGGUUUCCAUGGAAGAAGCUCAUUGUUGGCUUUUCCCUGGCAGAAUACCUGUUUGAAAGCUUCCUUUCGGCGCGUCAGUACAGGGUCCUGCAGGAGAAGAAGCCUCCGAAAGCACUUGAGGGAGAGGUCUCUCAAGAGGUGUUCGAUAAGAGCCAAGCAUACGGCCGCGCAAAAGCAAAGUUCGGCUUUGUCGCGAAUUUGUAUAGCCAAAUCCAGAACUACGGCAUCAUCUACUACGAUCUCCUACCCAAACUAUGGGGCCUAACCGGCGUCUGGCUCACUCGAUAUGUGCCUGCUCAAUACCAGGGCGAGAUCGUACAUACCUUGAUCUUCUUCUUCACUUACAACAUCAUCACAACGGUCUUGAGCAUACCCACCUCCUACUACAGCACCUUCAUCUUGGAAGAGAAAUAUGGAUUCAACAAGUCGACAGUGAAGCUCUGGGUUACGGACAUGAUCAAAGGCCAGGCUCUGAUGGUCGUAUUUGGAGCGCCUCUGCUUAGUGGAUUCUUGGCCAUUGUACAAAAGACGGGCAACAGCUUCUUCUACUACCUGUGGCUGUUUUCAGUUGUCGUGUCACUCUUCGCCAUUACCAUCUACCCCAUCUUCAUCUUGCCUCUCUUCAACAAACUAUCACCACUCGAACAAGGCCCUCUGAAGACUGGCGUUGAGAAUUUGGCUAAGAGAUUGAAAUUUCCUUUGAACUCGCUCUAUGUGAUCGACGGGAGCAAGCGAAGCGCUCACAGCAACGCAUACUUUUACGGUCUGCCGUGGAAGAAGCAUAUUGUCAUCUAUGACACCCUGAUAGAGAAGAGCGAAACGGAAGAAGUCGUGGGCGUAUUGGCACACGAGCUUGGGCAUUGGAGUCUUGGGCACACGACCAAAUUACUUGGGAUCUCACAGUUCCACACAUUCUACAUCUUUGCCCUCUUCUCCGUCUUCAUCAACAACCGCUCCCUCUACCAAUCCUUCGGGUUCCACAAGGAGUUUCCCAUCAUCAUUGGCUUCAUCCUCUUCUCUGACGCCCUCGCACCCAUGGACACGGUGGUGAAAUUGUUGAUGAACAUUCUGAGCAGAAAAUUCGAAUUCCAAGCUGACGAAUUUGCCGUGAAGCUUGGCUACUCCAAAGACCUUGCCAGCUCCCUUAUCAAGCUGCAAAUCCAGAACCUCAGCACCAUGAACGCUGACUGGAUGUAUGCGAGCUACCACUUCUCGCAUCCUAUCUUGCCGGAGAGGCUCGGAGCGCUUGGAUAUUAUGGCAAUGAGAAGAAGGCUGACGCGAAGAAGAUGGAUGGUGAGAAGCCGGUCAAAGCCUCAGAUAGAGAGCUGUAG